AUGUCUGACCUGAAGAUUUGCAGAAUAUGCCUUCGUAUAGGAACAAAAAUGUACAAAUAUGAUCAGUAUCAACUAAAGUGGUGUUAUGAGGAUAUUACUGUUACAAAAAUCGACGAACAGGAUAAGUUGCCACAUUAUUUCUGUUUUGAAUGUGCCACCUUGCUCUAUAAAUAUCAUAAGUUUAAACAAAAAUGCUACAAAGGUCAAGCAGCACUCAAGACGUUACUCCUAAAGGGACCUAUAACAUAUAACGCUGUUAACAACUACAACUGCAAAAGUGAAAACCUUCAAUCUGCUUUGGGCAUCAUUACAGUAAAUAAUCGCGUAAAAACCUAUUUAAUUAAUGAUGGACAGAAUAAGAUCAUUCAAAGAAAAGUUUCAAAAGGUAAUGAUGACGGUGAUGUCGGAGUAUCUGUGAGUGCUGAAGAUCUUACUAAAACACAAAAUGCAGAAGCUGAGUUAGAAGUGAGGUCUGUUAAAAUUUUAGUUAAAAAUGAAAGCAGUGCAAUCAAGGUCACCACAGACAAUGCCCUUUUGAGUACGGAUAAUGUUGAAGACGAUCUAGAUUAUGUUGUCGACACUGACAAUAAUUACAAAUCUUUAACAGCAGUAUUUAUUCCAGAAAAGGAUUUAGUAAUAAAAACUGAAGAAGAUAAUAUAGAAAAUACCGAACUAGAUGACAAUAUUAUUGAUAAAACAAAUAAAAAAGUCAUUAAAGAGAAACUUAGCCAAGAAAAAUUAAAAAAGACCUCAAAUAAAAGAGGAUUAAGGAAAUAUGAUUUCCCAGUAGCUGUGGAUACUAGUAGCGUAACUAAAACCACAGAUAAAAAUAUUAAUUUAGGUAUUAAGUCAGAUGAAAUUUCAAUUAAAACUGAAAGUAAUGCAAUGGUCAGUGUUGCAAGUGAUGUGCUUUCUGUUAUGGAUGAUAGCGUAAAUAAUACAGAUUGUGAUUCUGUAAACAAUGAAAGUUUAACAACUCCAGAAUUAAUUCCAGAAAACAAUGUGUCAAUAAAAUCGAAAAAUAGUAAUAUAGAUCAUUUAGACCUGGCAGUUACAGAAUGGAUGCAAAACAAUUCUAAAAAGAAACCUAUCAGAGAAAAACUUAAAAGAAGUGUAUCAAAUGAAAAACACUUAGGGAAAAGAAAGCAUAGGAAAAUAGAAAAUAGUAGAAAUGUCCAAGAGGAGAAAAAGUACAAGUUUACUGCAAAAUCGAAAAAAGUGCUGGAUCCAAGUAAAUGGAGGAAGAUAAGCUUGUCUGAGGAGGAGGCUCUAAAAGAGUUCGAGAAAAGAGCGCGCGAUCCGAAAUAUGUGCAGGCUACUUAUCAUUGCAAAGACUGCUAUAAGUUCUUCUCGAGGGAAGAUAUUAUGACGCGUCAUUUGAAAUUAAGGCACAAUCCGUCCAUCGGUCCAUUCGAGUGCCGUUUCUGCCACAUUCGCUUCAAGCUGAAGUGUCACCUACGCAAGCACACCCCCAUGCACUACACUAAGUACGAGUGCUUGGUUUGCAACCUCGUUGUUUCCAUUGAAUCCACAGCUCUAAUGCACGAAGAGGCGCAUCUAGGCGUCACGAGAACGUGCAACCACUGCGGCGAGCAGUUCAGGCAUUUGUCGACGUUCUAUACGCACUUGCGCACGCACAGGAGCAAGUUCGUGUGCACUCUGUGCGGAGCGUCGUUUGUGAGCGACGCGGGACUGCAUCAGCACAAACGCGUCAAGCACGUGGAUGAUGCUGAACAGUCAAAGAGCCCACAAGAUGCGGCCACGUACUGCGAUCGAUGCCAGAUCAAGUUUGAAACUGCAAAGGCCUACGCGGAGCAUCUCAAAUCGUCAGCGUUGCACGCAGAUGUUGAGAAAGCAGACAACGAAGAAGUCCCGACCUCGAAGAAAAGGUACAGGAGGCUGCGGUAUGGGAGAACGACAAAACGCAAGCCGACAACAUGCCAUCAAUGUGGUAAACACUUCGACUCCCAGACACUGUAUAUGACUCAUCAUCUCGAGGAACAUCCCGGGACUUCCUUCUGUCCGCCGAACGAGAGGCACAUCUGCGAGAUCUGCGGAGCCUCGCUUGCGCCGGGAAGUAUAGCCAUGCAUCAAAACAUCCACACGCGCGAGAAACUGCACAGCUGCGGGACUUGCGGCCGAGACUUCCACUCCUCAGCGGGCCUCAAGCGACAUCUUGUGACGCACACAGGUGAAAAACCGUUCGAGUGUCCGCUGUGCGACAAGCGAUUCACACAAAGCAACAGCAUGAAGUUGCACUAUCGCACCUUCCAUCUCAAACAACCCUACCCGAAACGGACUAGAAAUAAGAAAAAAGAAGAAAUCCAAGAAGUGGUUCCAAUGGAGACUGAGGAAGAAUCUUAUUAA